CCCUACACAGCUCCAAAAACAUGAGUGAAGAAGUACCAUCAAGCCGAAACAGCCCGAGCUGUGGGAAUGUUAUAGAAAGAAUGCCUUUCCAUUUCUGCCCUCAGUGUGGGACAAAGUUGCAGCCUGGUUUCAGGUUUUGUCCAUCGUGUGGGGAGAAGCUUCCCUGUCCUGCUGAUGACUCUGGACCUGUGAGCUCUACAGCAUCUUUAAGUCUGUCUCCAUCCAAACAGGGUGGAACGGCACCAUCAGUAGUUAAAACAAGCCUCGCUUCAAGCACAAGCUACGAGUCCGUGGAAAGUAAGGCCCAUGCAUGUAUCACCUCAACUCCAGUUACAGCUCGUCCUGCGCUGCGAAAGACCCGUAACUCUCUUCGUCUGGACAAGGAAGUAAAAUUCAACAUUAAAGAUGUCACUCCACCCGUGGUGCCCGCCACUGAUCGUGUCAGAGAUGACAGGACUGAAGAUAUCAGCGUUGGACUGCUUGGAACGCCUUUAAAGCAGCACACAGUCAGUUCUAAACUUGACGCAGCAGUAGAGCCAACUUUAAAGUCUCCCCUUUCUCCUGUCAUAAAGUCCCCUCGAUCUGGCAGGGGAAAGGCGAAGCUUUCCAGCCCUGCUCUGAAGCAGGUGGAAGAGGGAAAGAGGCUGACUGAUAAAACAAGCAGGAAAGUAGAGGAAUCAACAGUAGAUGGCUCUUCCUUGGCCAUCUCUCCCUCGGUUUCCUCACCAAUCUCCAGGUCUCCUCUAAAGGGUAAAAGCAAAGCCAAGAAGGCAAAGCAUGCGUCUGCUGUGGUACCGCUGCAGGAAGGCGAGGAGGUGACGGACACGACCGGCAAGAAGUGGAAGCUGGGGAAACUGCUCAGUCAGAGCACGACAGAGCUUAUCUAUGAAGUUUUCCAAACAGCUUCCCGAUCGAACCCUAAAGAAUCAAAUCACAUCCUCAAACUGGGAGCUAAAGAUGGAAGGAUCUUCAAUGAGCAGAACUUUCUACAGAGAGCUGCUAAGCCUGCAUCAGUGGACAAGUGGACCAGACAAAACAAGAUGGAUUUUAUGGGGAUUCCUUCCUGUGUUGGCUUUGGUCUCCAUGCAGAUUCUUACAGGUUUCUGAUUUUUCCCAGCAUGGGCCAGUCUCUCCAGUCUGUGAUGGAGGAAGAAGAUGAGCUUCUGUCUGAGCAAGCUGUUCUUCAACUUGCCUGUAGAACCUUAGAUGUGCUGCAGUAUAUCCAUUCAAACGAGUAUGUUCACGCUGAUAUUAAUGCAGAAAACAUUUACAUCACUCCAGGACAGAAAUCACAGGUAUACCUAGUAGGAUACUGCCAUGCUUUCAGGUACUGUCCAGGUGGACAGCAUGUAGAGUACCGUGAAGCCAGCAGAACACCACAUGAAGGCACCGUGGAGUUUAUCAGCCUGGACGCACACCAGGGAGCAGCUCCAUCUCGACGCAGCGACCUGCAGUCUCUGGGUUACUGCAUGCUUCGUUGGCACACGGGGACACUGCCAUGGACCGACCUUAUUCACCCGGACCAAGUGGCCACACAGAAACAGAGGUACAUGGAGGAUGUUCCUGCGUUGCUGAGACACUGCUUUGGGAAGAAGAGAGUUUCCAGUGCAUUUCAAGCAUACCUGGCUACAGUGAUGACUCUGCAGUACUCUGAGCAGCCGGACUACUCUGCACUGAAGGCCAGACUCAGUGCUGCUUUGCUGCAGCUCGGGGGGUCACCGGAGAAGCUGCUCAAAUUUUAGAGAAAUGGAAAAGAAGAUGGACUGUUUUUUGUUUACUUUGUUUUCUCUGUGGUGUUUUAUUGCACUCAAAGCAGUGUUGGAGAGUUCAGUUUGGGUGAAUGACACUCACAUCAGGUUAAUGGGUUUUGUUUAGGAUCAUGGUUUUAAUCAUUCAUGAUAUUGUUGUGGUUUUUCGGAGGAAUUGCACUGAGUGGUUUAGCAUUGCAUUGCAAAGGCAACUGAGAGGCGACUUCUUAAGUUCUGAUGCUCAGUUUUGGGUCAUUUUGACACUUCGUUAGUUAAAUGAGCCACAGGGCUCUUUUAAACUUCGUCUGGUUUUAGGUAUUUAACGCAUUACUUGUUCCAACUGUUUUCAGUUUAGUUAAGUGUUUUUAAUGAAUUUAUCAAUUUUUUAAAAAACCUCUGUGACACAGACUUACAAUUGCUGAACAGUUCCUAAAGAUGAUCGCACACACAGAUGUGGAUUAACACAACUCAUCAACCCUCUCAACAUAUGUACACAAAGUUAAUUCGCCUGAAUAAAAUAGCUGUAUUUCUCAUUAAAAGUGUCUUAGUGUCCUUUGAAAUUCAGUUUUUCAGUCUGAAAGCCAAAGAGCACCAGAUGCACAUCAUUCAUUCAUGCUCAUAAAAAUGCAUCUUCAAUUUAAAGGGGUGUUUAAAAAUAAAGA